GGAGGAGUGCCCGGGUUCUGAAUCUGAGUGGGCCUGGAUGCUUUUGGCUCAAGGCCGCUCGCGGCGCAGGCCCAGCACGAUUUUCCAUGCAUUCACGUCAACAAACAGUUUCAAUACUCACAAUCAUUCCACGGUCAAUACCAUGUUCAAUUUGAACAACGUUCUACGUAAGCCAAUCGUCAGAAGCUUCAUUCCUCUUGCGGUCAUCGUCUCCGUUGCCACGGUUGUCGACCUCCUGGCGUCGACAAGUGCAGCCGAACGAAGGAGCGAGGCCACUGGCGAAGACGACACCUUUUUGCUGCAGACCUUCACGGGCUCCUUCGCCGGCGCCUCCGGCGACGCCGCCCUCGCGAGGGGCUCCGCGGGGCUCUGGGAGGCCGCGGCUGUCGCCGUGCUGCUCCCGCUCUUCGAGGUGGCCACCCGCGCAGGGGCUGGGGCGGGGCAGAAGCCCGCGCGGGGCAAGCAGAGCAGCGGGCGCGCGCGCGCCACGCCGCUCGGCGGCGGCGGCCCGGCGGCCGCGGCACGUGGGCGCCCCGCGCCCCCGCCGCCUGGGGGCGCCGCCGCGGGCGCGCCCGCGGGAGCGCUCGCGGGCGGCCCGUGCGGCAGGCUGCACGCGGCGGUGAGGGCGGGGGAUCUGGCGCAGGCGGAGGCGAUCGCCCGGCAGGUUGGGGCCGCGGGGCAGCAGCUGUCGGUCGUCACCUACGGCGCGCUGAUCAACGCCCACGCGAAGGCCGGCGACGCGGCGGGCGCGGAGCGGUGGCUCACGAAGCUCAUAGGCGCGGGGCUGGGCAAGCCCAACACCAUCUGCGUCAACAUCGCCAUCAGCGCGUGCGCCAAGGCCGGCGACCUCGCGCAUGCCGAGGAUUGGCUCACGAAGAUGCCCUCGCUCGGCGUGGAGCCCGACCAGAUGAGCUUCAACGCGGUGAUCGAUGCCUGCGCGCGCGCGGGCGACGCCGACCGGGCGGAGAAGUGGCUCAGCGUGAUGUCGCAGGCCGGGGCGGAGCCGAACGUCAUCAGCUACAGCUCCCUCGUGCACGCGUGUGCCAAGUCGGGCGACAUGGGCCGGGCGGAGUCCUGGCUCGCGCGGAUGGAGAAGGAAGGCGUCACGCCCAACGUGAUCUGCUACAACGCGGUCAUCCACGCCUGCGCAAAGGCUGGUGACUGCGGGCGGGCGUCCUGGUGGAUCGACCGGAUGGUGGCCCAGGGUGUACAGCCUACGGUGAACACAUACACCUCGGUGAUGGACUCGCUGGCCAAGGCUGGCGACAUCGAGGCCGCGGAGAGGUGGCUCACGCGCAUGCUCCGCGAGGGCGUCGAGGCCGACGUGGUGUGCUACAACAUGCUGCUGGGCGCCUGCAACCGUUGCGGCGACAGCCAGCGUGCCCUCGCGUGGUUCAAGAAGAUGCGCGAGCGCGACGUCCAGCCCAACACUGUUUGCUUCAAUCUGUUGAUCAACGUUUUUGCCCGCAACGGCGACGUCGACAGCGCUUCGGAGUGCCUGCGGCAGAUGAAGGAGUGCGGCGUGGUCCCCGACUCUGUGAGCUUCAAUACGGUCAUCAAGGCCUGCACGCACAACGCCGACAUCGACGGGGCUGCACGGUGGUUUCAAGAGAUGAAGCACUCAGGAGUGAAGCCAGACGUCUUUACCUACAACGCCCUUAUUGCCACAGGUGCUCGCGCGAAGGACCCGCUGUGCGCGGAGCGCUGGCUGAGUCUCAUGUUGCAGAUGGGCGUCGAGCCCGACGUGGUGAGCUACAGCACCUGCAUCGACGCCUGCUCCCGCGCAGGCGAGGUCAUUCGGGCCCAGAAGUGGCUCGUGGCAAUGGAGGAGGUCGGCCUGCAUCCGAGUGCCAAGCUCUACGGCACCUUGAUCCACGCCGUGGCCAAGCAGAGCGACUGUGUGCGGGCGGAGGGCCUGAUCCAGAGGAUGCACUCCAAAGGCCUGGAGGCCAGCGGCUCCAUGUACAAUGCCCUGAUCAGUGCUUGCGCCAAGCGAGGCGACGUCGAUCGCGCGGAAAAGUGGCUGAACUUCAUGACCGAGGCCAGCGUACCAGUGGACGUGGUCACGUAUUCGACAGUGAUCCAUGCGUGUGCCAAGUCUAGUGAUCUCACUCGUGCAGAACAGUGGAUGGAGCGCAUGCGCAAGGCUGGAGUCGAGGGCAACAGCGUCACUUAUAACUCGAUCAUCAACGUCUGCGCCAGGGUUGGCGAUGCGGACCGAGCCGAGGCGUGGCUGGCGCAGAUGGAGAAGGCAGGCCUCAGCCCAGGGGUUCUCACAUACAACUCGGUGAUCAACGCGUGCGCCAAGGCCGGCGACGCUGCCCGCGCCGAGUCCUGGCUCCCGCGCAUGCUGGCCGAGGGCGCGCAGCCAGACUGUGUGAGCUACAGUACCGUCAUUCACGCGUGCGUGAAGUCUUCGAGGGACCAGAGGGCCGAGCACUGGCUGGCACAGAUGGGCGAGGCUGGCCUGACGCCCAGCGCGCUCUGCUACGAAUGGGUCAUCCAGGCGUGCGUGCAGGCUGGCAACCUGGACGGGGCCGAGCGCUGGCUGUCGGCGGCGCUGAAGACGGCCGACCUGAGCGCCCUCACCUUCACCAGGGUCAUCAACAGGUGCCUUCAAAGCGCGGAGCCGCGCAGGGCGCAGCGCUGGGCCGCGGAGCUGGAGCGCCGCAGCCUCGGCCCGCGGCCGCCCGCCCCCGCGGCAGGCCUCCGCCGCGACGCCGCGGCGCCCGUCGCCGCGUGAGCGGCCAGGGCGCGCUGCGCUCGGCCGCGGCUUCGGCCACGGGCCGCUCGCAGGGGGAGGGUUUCGCGGAGGGGAGGAG